UGGCAAUUCUGUUCGUGAAACAAACUUUCUUUCUGAAUGAAGAAGAGGGGGGGGGGGCGAACUACGCAACAUCCGGUGGAGCUGUUGGCGGGCAGAAAGGGGUUGGUUGUAUUGCUAAAUCUCAGGUUUUUUUUAUUUUUGGCCUGCUGCUAGCCAGCCAAGCGCUUCGAGGCUUUCUGCAGAAAGAGUCCUCUUCAGACAUAAAUAUGGCCACCAUAGCUGCAAAGAAGAGUAAGAAGGCUGAGGAUGAGGAGCAGCCAGCAGCCCCCCCAGCAGCAGCAACAGCUGCAGCAGUGGUGGCAGCGACAGAUGAAGCACCUCCUGCAGAAGCAGCACCAGCAGCUGCAGAGGAAGAGGAAGAGGAGGAGUAUGUGGUAGAAAAAGUUCUGGACCGCCGUGUUGUGAGGGGCAAAGUAGAGUUUCUGCUGAAAUGGAAGGGUUUUUCUGAUGAAGACAAUACAUGGGAGCCGGAAGAGAACCUGGAUUGCCCUGACCUCAUUGCAGAGUACAUGCAGAAACACAAAGAGAGGGAGGAGAAAAAGAAGGAGAGUAAGAGGAAAGCUGCCAGCGAGGCAUCUGGGGAUACGGAGGAAAGAGCAAGCAAGAAGAAAAAGGAGGAGGGUGACAAGGCCAGAGGUUUUGGCAGAGGACUGCAGCCUGAGAGGAUUAUCGGAGCCACCGACUCAAGUGGAGAGCUGAUGUUUCUGAUGAAGUGGAAGAACUCUGAUGAGGCGGACCUCGUCCCAGCCAAAGAAGCCAACGUUAAAUGUCCCCAAGUAGUGAUCUCUUUUUAUGAGGAGCGUCUGACGUGGCACUCGUACCCCACAGAAGAAGAGGAGAAGAAGGAAGAAGAAAAAAAAGACUAGAGAAUAAGAGGAGGUAGAAACAGAGUGAAAAGGAAUUGUGGAGAUGCAGGGCAGGAAAUCGGCUACAAACCAGUUGACGGUUGCUAAGUUUCAGUGUCUCUGACAUCCCAUUUUUUGCAGUAACAGUAUGGGGAUUAACAGCUGUCAGUGUAGGUGAGAGCAAAAUAGUUUUCCUGCCCUGCAUGGAGUAGUCCUCAUAAGAUGUUCCCACCCGUUGUCAUUGUAAUGGUUUGUUUUGAACAUGUAUGUUGACUGAAUUCAGUUUUUACCCCUUACCAAGAAUGUGUUGAUUGGUGCCUUCAACAAGUAUUCUUCCUCACCGCUGAGUAUCUGAUUGAAUUCAAUGAAAGAAAAACAAAUGUUACAUGAUAAUGAUGAUGACCUGUAAAGUUCCCUCAUGCAUUAAGCAGCUUACAUGUUUGGUAUCUGGCUAAGUCUCUCAUCUUCGUCACUCAUCUUCAUUUAGCUUUUCUUAGUGUGCUAUGAUGUUUGUGACAGCCAUUGCAGAAAGAGAUGAGCUUCAUGUCUUAAGCAGGAAACAUGGGUGGGAACCUCUUUUAAACAUUAGGAAAGCAGUGAGUGUUAAAACGGAGACGAAUCAUUUUCCUCUUUCCAUAUGUUUUGUCUUUUUUCCUCCAUAUAGAAAUAUAUCAUUGAUCUGAUCCCUCCACACACCCGGUUAGAGAAUAUUUGACUCUUUAAGUAAACCAUUUCAGUGAAAUUCAUGUUUUUUGCCUUUUACAUUCUUCCAGUUUGAAUGAGAUAAAGUACUCUGUAACGAAGUGGAUUUCACUAGAAUUAAAGCAUGAAUCAUGCUAUGUUGAAAUGUUUUCAUUAAUUAAAAAAAGUUUUAAGUUCCUUUAUACUCAGCCCGUCAUCUGUUUACUAGGUUGUAAAAUUAUAGCAUGCACUGCUGGGCAACACUCAAGACAUCUAGUAUUAGUCUUACAGGCUGUUUAUUAAACACAUUAAAUAUGCAUAGAUGAAACUAAUGUAGUAUAUAAAAUCUGUUGGUCUGAGUAGUAUUUCCUUUGUGGUUCUCUAGUUCCAGUUAUGUGUUAAAUGUAGCCCAGCUGUGCAUUUCUAUGUAUACUUGUAAUAGUGUUGUAGCUUUCUUGGCACAUUUGGAUUGGCUGGAUUAAUUUUUUUUUCUUUCAACAGUGUUUAUUUUGCUUGACAUUCAUUGGGAACCAUGCCUUUUGAAUACAUGAAAUUGUGAAUACAUGUAUUGCACCUACAACCAUUUUAAAGAUUUGUUUCAUAACUAAUCCAUACUGGGUCAACUGAAAAUGGUCUUUAGCAUUUUUUACAAUUUUUUUCUUGUUCCAGUUGUAUUUUAGUUAUUGCUUUAGUUCUUUAACUGCACCCUAUUAGCAUUUUCUAUAUUUUCCUAAAAUUUUAACCAAAUGGCCUCACACCUGACGUAAUCACACUAUUCAACUGCGCUGUUUUGUUUUUUGUUUUUUACAUGUGUAUCUUUUCAUUCCUAGUGGUUUAGCUUGUUAUCUGUUGCAUGUCUAUUGAUCUACUUUUAAAUGCUGAUUUAAACAUUAAAGGAUUUGCGAUCCAUAA